AAUUCCCAACCAAUUGAAAAUAUAGUCCAUUUUUUCAACCAUGAACAAUUUCAUCAAGAACAAAGGAAAACCUAGUAGAGGCACCACCACCACCACCACCGCCGCCGCCGUGGAAGAGGAUGAAUUGGCUUUAGUAAAAUCGGCUGCAUGGGCAUGGUACGAACACGGAUCUGGAUCCGGAUCCGAGGGUCGACCCAUCCGCGAGUUCGACGCUUCGAGGACUAAAACGGAUCCCAAACCGUCAAGGUACAAGCUCGAAGCCUUGAGAAAUAAUAAUAAUAACGUACGACAAGUCCCGAAACUACGGUCGUCGUCUAGUGGCAAUAAUUCACUUCUUGAUCACUACGAGGUAGAGAGGAUUUCGAAGCAGCUCGAUUAUUACAUCGAGUCUAGUCGUGCUAAGUACCGCCGCUCCUUUUCCGCCGCCGGCAACGGCGGACUUGCGGUGGAGCCGGUGGCGGCAGCGGCGGAGAUGAAGAGUAUUAAUAAGGUUGUUGGAAGGAAGAAAGCGGGAAAAGAGUCUCGGUUAAAACAUAUUCCGGUGGCGUGUCGAUCUUCGAGAGGCGAUGUUGUGGAAAGUCAUCGAAAGUUCGUGUACUCACGGCCGGAGAGAGGCGGCGUGGUGGCGGUGGUGGAAGUUGGUAGCUGCCGGCCGCGCGCGUGGAGCGCACGUGCCUAAUUUGUUUUUGUUUAUAAGAGUGGUAAAGGUGGGGGGUUUUUAUUGGUGAUGUUUAUUUGUUCCCACCUUUAUUGGCCUUGUUUAUGUAUCAUUUACUAUCUGGAUAAACAGAAUUUAUUUAGAAAAGAAAGAAAAAAGCAAAAAAAAAAAAUAAAAAAAGGAAACAAUCUGGAAUUGUAAUUACCACAUAGUAUAAGUGUUUAAUGGUAAUAUUUGUCAUAGCUAUUUAACUAUUACUGCAUUUUU